GUGGAAGCGCGUGGAGAGGAACGUCACUAAAUUGGACCAACUUGCUUGAAAAGAAGUUAUGAAAGACCCCAUACGGCUUUCGCUUUUAUUGCACAACCUCCGAAACCAUUUCGCGUUUAACGUCUAGAGACGGGAGUUGAUAAAAAAAAAAAAAAAGACAUAGAGACGGGACAAAAGAAAGAGCCAGACACGACACUAGCGUCUCUGUUUUAUUGCUGCUUACCUCUAUUAUUCUGUCACAAAGGAAAAACCAAGGAGAGAAGACCCAAUUGAGAGACAUGCAUGCAAAGACGGACUCCGAGGCCACUAGCAUUGACGCGGCUUUGUCAUGGCCGCCUCGCUCUCCGCCCCGUUCGGCGACUAGACCUCUUUACUAUGUACAGAGUCCCUCCAACCACGACGUGGAGAAGAUGUCAUUUGGGUCCGGUUGCAGCCCGAUGGGUUCUCCCUCACACCCACAUUACUACCACUGCUCACCCAUCCAUCACUCCCGUGAAUCCUCCACCUCUCGCUUCUCUGACCGAGCACUCCUCUCCUACCAGUCAAUCCGCGAAGGAAGCGGACGCCGUCGUUACAUCAACAGCGCCAUCGACGAAGAAACUGACGACGGAGAUGACGACCCCUUUCGAAAUGUGCGUCUCUACGGCUGCUUGCUCCUCUCCUUGUUCCUCUUGUUCUCAAUCUUCUCUCUCAUACUGUGGGGUGCUAGCAAAUCCUACCCUCCUAAAGUUGUGGUAAAGGGGUUGCUGGUGAGGAACUUUAACGUGCAGGCUGGGAACGAUCUUAGCGGCGUGCCCACUGACAUGCUGUCUCUUAAUUCGACUGUCAGGAUCUUCUACCGGAACCCCUCCACCUUCUUCGCCGUCCAUGUCACUGCUCUCCCUCUCCUCCUCCGCUACUCCAGCCUCCUCCUUUCCUCCGGUGAGAUGGAGAAGUUCACGGUGGGUAGGAAAAGCGGAAGGAAUAUAGCCACGAUGGUGCAUGGCCAUCAGAUUCCCCUAUACGGCAGUGUCUCUCCCCAUCUCGACACACUGUCCCUGCCCCUCAAUCUCACUCUCGUCCUCCGUUCCAGGGCUUACAUUUUAGGCAGACUCGUCACCUCCAAUUUCCAUACAAGGAUCAUUUGCUCUUUCACUCUUAAUGCCAACCGCCUUCCCAAACCCAUGUCUCUUAUCCACUCAUGUACUCAUCACCACUGACACCACCUUGUACACUUUCUGUGUACUUUGGAUAUAUAUUUUUAUCUUUUGCAAUCAAUCAACAAAUUCUUCCAGGAAUAUAUUGCUACGACCAAAAAAAAGCGGUGCAACUCAUCACGUAUAGGUGAAAGCAGACAAGGUUUACAGUUUCCACCGAGUUUAUUAAUACUCAAUUGUGAAGAACAAUGAGCCAAGAUUCUACAAAAAGAAAAAAAAAAUUCAAAUAACAUAAUCGGUAAAUAUAUGUACAAAUAUACAGUAUACUAUGAGUAGAGUAGCCUUGGAAGUUGGAAUGAAGAGAACCUCCGGCGAUAAUCACUGGAGUAGUUUCUGUAUUACCAUCUUUUCAGUUACAGAGUGAUCCAUACUUAGUAUUGUGUUUGCAUCCAUUAUUCUACGCAUGGAACGGGAAAUUUUGAACUUUAUGAAACGUAUUGUUGUGUGAUACUGUUAUCUUUCAAAUAGUCUUUCAACAUAGAAUCCAAAUCUAUGUUUAGACUCCACAAUUACAUUCAAAGAAUUUGAUAGAAUUCAUCACAUAUGUUACUGUAAAUGUAAAAGAAGGAAAAAGAGAGUGGAGGCAGAGGAAAGUCAAAAGGAAACAGAGGAAAAGAAGAUUGCUAUGAUCUGUAAGCUGAGCUGGUCAAUUGAUAGAAAGGAGCAAAGACUCCUGGAUAAGCCACAAGUAGUAUAAAUAAGAAACACUGUACUUGAUUUACUGUUUCCCUAUGCGUUUUAUAUUUAUGUAUUUGUUUGUUUGUAAACAAGUAACACUGAUCUGUUUGUAAUAAGCUUUCUAUCAUUAGUAAAGGAGCUCCCAAUUCCAUAUUCUAUUAUCAGA